CCUAUUUUUAGUAAAAUUACAACUAGUUUUUAAAAUAUUCCGGUAACAUUUUAAUAAUUACACGCAUACUGCUCAAAUUCAUUAGCUUUUAUCAGUGUCACCCAAUUUGUCUCAAGUAUAUCGAUAUAUUGUACUGCCAUACCUGUGUGUCAAAACGAUAUUUUUCUUUAGCGAACGUCGCUAUCGAUGCUUUUUACAUCCUUACUGGAAGCUUGCACAAACAAAUUGAUUUUUCUUCCAAACUAACUAUAACUCCACUGUAUCGAAUAAAUAUAUAUACGAGAAAACUAAGGCGUGGAAACGUUUUAUCAAAUCCGACAAACAAAGAUGACAACAUCUCAAGUUGACCAGAAGCGUGCCCUAAUCAAACUAAAGCACGACCUGGAACCAUUUCGCAAUGCCAUUGUAAGCGGAUAUGGUGUUCUUACUUGGGAAAAACAAUACUAUGCCGGCGUCGUCUUUGGCGCCAUCAGUAUCAUGUAUCUGUUGCUAUGGUAUAUGGAUUUGUCCUUUAUAACUCUAUUCUCCUUGCUGGCCUUACUGGCAUUCUUUAUGGACUUUGUUAUUCCGAUGCUGUCACGGUUGGUUGCCAAUGGUGGGAAUUGGGAUGGCGAACAGGAGGCCAAAUUUGAAGACGUUUGCGGACAGUUGUAUAAAAUUAAAUCAAGCAUUGUCGAUUGGUAUGAUUAUCUGUUCAAGGAGCGCAAGCCAACAAUGGUUGUGAUCAUAAUAAGCAUGGCUCUACUGGCUCUGGCCUGGAUUGGUGCCAUCAUUAAUAAUCUAUUGUUAAUGUAUUGUGCUACGGUACUGGUAGCUAUGUGGCCGGGCUUGAAUGAAAAAGAUGUUUUCAAGUCCCUUAUCCAGAAAGUUUCUAAGAUAAUUAAUGAUAAAAUUCAAUAUGGCAAAAAGAAGCUUCAGUAAACCGCUAAUUUUUGUUUAUUAAAUUAUUAUAUGGACUAUUAAAUAAAUAUCAUCAAACCCAGAUACACACAAUCCCUCAUAUUCGACCAAAAAGCACAUAUUCGAAUAUAUAAAACUAAGUCAUUUACUUGCCAUCUCACACAACCUAAUCAAUAAAUAUAGUAUAUCGUAAUAUAUAAGUAUGCAAUGGGCAUAUUGAAAGUAUUAUCAUUCAUAUAACUAGCAAAAAUUCAUAAACAUAAAGCAUUUUGGUAACCUAUACAUCACCACAUUUCUAACUCUAAGUUUGUAUGGGCCCCAAAGUUUCUCAAAGAAAGAC